CUGAAAAGGAACGUUCUUUCUUUGACAGCAAGCAGGCUCUGCUCAACAUGACUUACAAAAGCAAAUGAACCUAAACUAAAAAAACUAGAGAAAGAUAUAUGUAGAAAUCAAGGCUUUCUUUCAUUUCUCUUACUUUGCCUGAAAUUUGUACAAAACAAUUUUAAUUAUUGUUUUAAGCAAUUAUAUUUUUGGACUGAACACUACAAUGCUUGUUCACACAUCUUAUUUCAGUAUACUUGCAUACCUUUGUGCCAUCCUGUGGGGGGACAGGACUUACGCCAUGCGUGUUUUAAGUGGUCAAAAGGUUUGUUAUGCAGAUUAUAAACAUCCCUGCUACAAGAUUGCUUAUUUCCAAGAUGUAUCAACGAGGGUCGGCUUUCAGGAGGCACGCAAAUUUUGUGAAAGUGAUGGCGGUGCUCUUUUGAGUAUUGAAAGUGAAUCCGAACAAAAGCUCAUUGAAAGAAUGUUACAAGACCUCACAAAUUCCGGAGAUGGGAUUUCUGAUGGGGAUUUUUGGAUUGGACUUUGGAGAAAUCUAGAAUCAAUGAGUUCAUCUGGUGCAUGUCCAGAUCUUUACAAAUGGGCUGAUGGAAGCACUUCUUCAUUUAGAAACUGGUAUGCUGAUGAACCCUCAUGCGGGAGUGAAGCUUGUGUCGUAAUGUAUCAUCAGCCUACUGCAAAUCCCAGUAUUGGGGGACCCUACCUUUAUCAAUGGAAUGAUGACAGAUGUAAUAUGAAGCACAAUUUCAUUUGCAAAUAUGCUCCAGAAUCCUUUUUUACGGUGACAACAGAAAAAACAUUUGUAACGGCAAAACCGGAAGAUUCAUCUCAUGUAAUGGUUGCAGAAGCAGGUAUAAUGCCAAAUUUAAUUUAUGUUAUAAUACCAACCAUACCAUUACUCUUGCUGAUACUAGUAGCUUUUGGAACCUGCUGUUUCCAGAUGAUGAAUAAAAGCAAAGAAAGAUCAAAAACCAGCCCAACACAAUCUACACUAUGGAUUUCAAAGGCCCCAAGGAAUGAGAUCAGUAUGGAAGUUUAACAAUGCAAUGACUCAUAUCACUAGAAUACAACAAAAUAUAUCAAAUUUUACUUUCUGGUUCACUAAGCUUGAGCAUCGGCUUGGAAUGACUUACAAUAUGCAUCAGAAUUCAGUUCAGCAAGAAUUUCAGGCUCCCCUUGAGGCACAGUUUAUGAACGUUUUUAUAAUACUCCUGUAUGAUUCAUAGUUAAACAAAAAUGUGUGUCUUGCUACAUUAAAAACAAACUAUGCUUAUUUUGCUGGUGGAAACUUUGGAAUAACAAUAUAGGAAAUGAACUCUCUCUUACAAUUUAUAUGGAGAAAUGUUAUGUAUGUUUGACUUUGUUUGCAAUAAGAAUGGUAGAUUUUCUUAAUUUUUCUCUUGUAUUGUAUUUUUUGAUGUAUUUUAAAUUGUAUUGCUAUGGAUAUGUACUGUAUAAAAACUAAUUUAUCUUUGCAUAAAGGUUUGAUAGAAAAGAAA